CAGUUUGAGUUGGCUUGUUCGGUAAAUACCGUUAGAAUUCCGUAAGCAGCCGAAGUCGAUAUCGUCAGCGUUGCGUUGAUGCCAAACAUUCAGUUGUUAGUUUUCUGUUGUUCACGAAACAGAUAAAAACCUUCUCCCGUUAUCUCUUUCCCUCCCGCCUUUUAAUUGUCAACACUGCCUCACGCUUUUAUAGUGAAAUGUCUUCAAAAUACGCUGAUGUUCCGAUAGCGGACCCCGUGGAAGUUUUUGCUGUUAGCGCUGCUUACAGAGCAGACCCUGACCCCAACAAAGUUAACCUCAGUGUCGGUGCUUACCGCACAAAUGAGGGAAAACCAUGGGUACUUCCAGUUGUUCACAAAGUAGAACUACAGAUUGCUUCUGAUCCUACCUUGAAUCAUGAAUACUUACCUAUAUUAGGUUUCCCUGACUUUCGAUCUUCUGCCAUCCGGUUGCUACUUGGAGAAGGAAAUCCUGCAAUUGUUGAAAACAGAGUUGUUGGAGUGCAGUCUCUAGGAGGUACUGGUGCCAUACGUCUUUCUGCUGAUUUUUAUCGCACCAUCAAUAAAGCUGACACAGUCUAUGUCUCAAGUCCAACAUGGGGAAACCACAAGGGUGUCUACAUGGCUGCUGGCUUUACCAACGUCAAAGAGUACCGAUAUUGGGAUGCUCAAACCAGAAGCUUAGAUAUUAAUGGCAUGGUUGAAGAUCUUAGUGCUGCAAAAGAAAAUUCCGUGGUAAUCUUACAUGCUGUUGCACAUAACCCCACUGGUGUCGAUCCAACACAUGAUCAAUGGAAACAAAUUGCGGAUGUGUGUGAAGAACGCAAAGUUUUAGUUCUGAUGGACAUUGCUUAUCAAGGCUUUGCCACAGGAGACUUAGUUGCUGAUGCCUGGGCUCCACGAUAUUUUGCUUCCAGAGGAUUUGAAUUCCUUACAGCCCAGUCUUUCUCUAAGAAUUUUGGUUUAUAUAAUGAACGUAUCGGAAACCUAGUCCUUGUCUGUAAUACUACCAAUGCCAUGGAGCGAUGCAGUUCCCAGCUGGAAAUCAUUGUGCGGCGUAUCUGGUCCAACCCCCCUAAUCAUGGGGCACGUGUGGUUGCUACUGUCUUGAACAACCCUUCAUAUUACAACGAAUGGCAAGAAAGCGUCAAAGUAAUGGCUAAUCGGAUUAAAGAAAUGCGCAAACAGCUAUAUGAAAAGCUAAAAUCAUUGGAAACCCCAGGAACAUGGGAACAUAUCAUCACACAGAUUGGAAUGUUCAGCUUUACUGGUUUAAAUCCAACUCAAGUUGACAAGAUGGUUAAGAAAUUCCACAUCUAUUUAAUCAAGCAAGGACGAAUAAACAUGUGUGGCCUGAAUAGCAGCAACUUAGAUUAUGUAGCGAGUGCAAUCUACGAUGUUGUUGUGAACUAGCCAGGAGAAAAUAAACUUUAGAUAUAUGCUGAGAAUGAAGUUAAGAAUACCUUCAAACUAAAAAUAUCAGUUUGAUAGCGUUAGUAUAUUUAGAAUUGAUGGUUUGAUUUUAAUUUUUGUUUUGGAAAUGAGCUGUCAGUUGAUGGUAAAUUUGUAAAAAUGUGUCCACACACACACACAGAUUUUUAUGGAACUCUAUUAAAUGUGCGAAAUAAAGGUUUUAUU